AUGACCAUACUCCUCUUCUGGAUUGAUGAGUUUCCGUAUUGGGACGACAUCGGUGGAUCACUAUCGUGCCACUUAUGGUCUAGUCAGAUAUUCUACUGGAUGGCAACGUCGGCCAGCACGGCCAACGUGGUAUGUAUUGUGCUGGAUCGUUUAUGGGCUACCGUUUACGCCGCAACCUACCGGCGUAAUCAAGUUCGCUAUCUUGUCCUAUGCUGCAUUGGUAAUUUCAUUUACAGUUUGGCGUGUUCAGGGCCAGAUAUGUUAUUAGUCCAGUUCGAAAAUCACGUGUGUUCGAGAAAUUACACAUCUCCUAUUCCAGCGAUAGAAGAAUUCCGGUACAUACAUCGUUAUCUAGUGUUAGUUUUGUAUUAUGUACUGCCACUUGUGGCAGUUUCCGUGUGUCAUGCGUAUGUUGUUUGGUACAUCAGACGCAGAUUGCGUCCUCACACAAACUUGCCGGACGAAACCCAAACCACCUCGACCGAGGAAAUGAGCGAAUCUGGCUCCGUACAGUCCGCAAAUAUCGUCAACUCACUGACCUUCGGAGCAAUGGGAUUUAUUAUUUGUCUCGUUCUCGCACACUCCUACGACACUUUCUUUUACGCGUUCGAUUGGGCUUUUGGAACCGAAUAUGUUGUGGGUUCGAAUGAGCAACUUCUAGGCUUGUUCCUGAACUCCCUGAAUGCCCCAGUAAAUCCCAUUUUGAUCGCUGUCUCCGUGCCUUCAUUUCGUCGCAGUUGCGUGCAAGUUGCUCGACAUAGUCUAGAUUACAUCAGACAAGAAUAUAAUGAAGCCUAUCGGAAGUAUUCUGCUAAAGGACCAUCAUCCUAUUCGGACUUGUAA